GGAUCCAACCAUGAACAACCACCGGACCGACACCAGCUCUCUGACCUCCAACAGCGACAGGCAAUUUUACGAAGAAUCCUACAAUCCCAUCUACAACUUCUUCAAUGCCCGACCAGUGCUAGUUCAUCAACGAAACUCCAGAAGCAAAGUAUUCUGUGCACAGCCUCUCCUAGCACCUCUCCUCUUCGACAACAACGACAGCGAUGCACGAGAUCAUUGCGCCGCCGAACGAACAUUUCUCUCCUGGCUACGCCUCUCAAUCUACAUGGCCAUAGUCAGCAUCGCCAUCCUGCUCUCCUUUCACCUCAAACUCCAACCUUCGGCAUUGGAGAAACGGUUCGCCUUACCUCUCGGUAUUAUCUUUUGGUUGCUGGCUUUGGCAUGUAUUAUAUCUGGAUUGAAUAAUUAUAUCAAGACGGUCAAUCGAUACAGUCGACGAGAAGCUUUGGUGCAGAGUGGGUGGGGGACACAGGUGGUUUUCACUGUAGUGGCCAGUGCAAUUGUGGCGGCCUGCGUGUUGUUUUUGAGUACGCAGGCGGGGAAUGCGAGGGAGUGAGUGAUUUGGGAAAAUUCAGUAUGUUUGUAUUGGAGGUGUUGGGAAUGAGGAUCAUGAUGAGUGAGAGGAGUGAUGGGGUGCGUCCUGAUACGGUCCAUCGAAACAGCGCCGAACAGUGCUCGCGUACAGGUUCUUUCUUUUUUUGCCUCUUGCUUACCAAACUCUACAUCCAUUGCUUGUCAUAUCUUGGCCCAAGUUUGUACUUCCCACUGGCAAUUUGAAGUCGCCCUCGCAUCGAGUCGUUGGUGGUUUCGCUCGGCUUGACAUCUCUUGAGCGAUUCUCCGACAUUUUCGGACUCCGCCCAAAUUCUGCGGGCAAUGAUUCACAGACUCCGAUAUGUUUACGUUUGCGCUGACCUCUUUGCAAGCUCUAGCAAAAAAUCCUUGGGUCCAUUCAAUGACUCUGAAACAUCUUCUCAUGUUACCCGUCAUCGCUUGUGGUCUUGCUCGUCUAAAUGUACCUUCUCCAGUCGUCGAAAAGGUAAGUCUGUUGACGACACCGUGUUUUGGGUCAUUACGCACGCGGCUUCUGACCAACGGGGGUCAAAUGUCCAACAGUGCCCAUGUCAAGUCAUCCACAGUAGUGUAUACCAUCCCCAUCCCCAUCAACUCAUCUCCAGCCUUGUAAACCUCCACCAACUCGAGUCCGGUGAGUUGAGCAACCAUUUGAGCGUGGAGACCCUCAUUCGUAUUUCCGUUCGUCUUCAACACCUGUAAGACCUUUCUAGCCGUAGCAGAGACACCGGAAAAGUUGCUCCCACUCCCACCACUGUCUGUUGUUGCCUGCUGUCCUGUUUGUCCAUUCGCCUGCAGCUGAUCCAAAGGUCCCUUGGCGAAUUCGAGAUGCACGACUGUGGCUUCAAGGAAAUGAUAUGCAAUCUCAUUGUGAUCUUCAAUCGCACGGAUGUACUGAGCUCCGAUAUGCCUUUUGUUGUUGAAUUGCUUUAGCCUUCCCCAGACUCUGGCGUAACCCUGCUCAACUGGCUUAUCCUUCUUCACGGCGCCGCUCUCCUCUUCUCCUGUGAAGUUAUCUGCGUCCACCCACACUUUAACCUCAAUAAGCCCCGUUCCAUCGUCGACUUUGUACGUCACGUUUGUCGUUUGUGCCGAGAUGUUUCGUACUUGGCCGACGAAUGUGACUUGGGUGGUCUCAGAGUCGUCGAUGAUGAAGUGGUCUGCAUCGGGAUGUGGGUGGUGCGCAUCAAGUAGUUGCUUGAUCGUGACAGGGCGGAGGGUGUCCUUGCCGUACGUGCGCUUGGUUGAGGCCGAGUUUUCGUUGUUCUGUGAUCCGGGCAUAAAACCGCCGCCAGAGUUGCCGCCUUGGGCGCCGUAGCUCGUGGUACUGUAGCCAUAGUCCAUGGUGGCG